AUGUUUGACCCCAACGUUUUGGAUAUCCCAGCUGUAAUCUUUGACAACGGGUCUGGGUUAGUCAAAGCGGGUGUCGCAGCUGACAGUGGCCCAAGGUCUGUUUUUACAGCAAUUGUUGGUCACUCAAAAGUCAAAGCUACAGUGCUGGGAGCUGGACAGAAAGAAUGUUACACUGGAGAAGCAGCUUAGUCCAAAAGAGGGGUCCUGUCUUUGAAUUAUCCAAUUGACCAUGGCAUAGUUACAUGCUGGGAUGAUAUGGAAAGGGUCUGGAGACAUGUCUGCGAGUAUGAGCUGAGAAUCAAAGCCAGUGGAAGGCCAGUGCUGCUGUCUGAAGCCCCCCUCAGUCCUCUGCAGAACCGGGAAAAAAUGACAGAGAUGAUGUUCGAAGGCUUCAUGGUGCUCGCUAUGUACGUUGCGGUCCGGGCAACUCUGGCACUCUAUGCAUCAGCCCGUAUAACUGGAAUAGUCAUGGACAGCGGGGAUGGUGUUACCCACACAGUCCCCAUACAUGAAGGAUACUGUUUACUCUGUGCUGUCUCCAGGAUGGAUAUUGCUGGCCGGGAUAUCACCAAAUAUUUUAUGAAUCUUCUUUUAGAGAGUGGACACGCUUUUAUUAGCACAGCUGAAAGGGGAAUCGUGAGAGAUAUCAAAGAGACGUGCUAUGUAGCUUUAGAACCCAUCCAAGAAAUGAAAGCAAAGCCAGAAGAAAUCAUGAACGAAUACAGAUUGCCUGACAACAAUGUCAUCCAGAUAGGCAACCAGCUCUUUUGUGCACCAGAGACCCUUUUUGUGCCUGCAAACAUUGGAGUUGAAGAUCCUGGUGUGCACAAAAUGAUCGUCAACAACAUCAUGAAGCAUGACAUUGAUGUGCACAGGAAUCUUUACGGCAACAUCCAGCUCUCCAGCGGGUCCAUGCUCUUCCCUGGCCUGGAGGAGUGGAUCCUGAAGGAGAUGAAGCUGCCUGCUGGCAUGUUUGUGAGGAUCAUUGCCCCUGAGAGAAAAUAUUGUGUGUGUAUUGGGGCCUCCAUCCUCACCUGCCUGACAACUUUCACACAAAUGUGGGUCACUGUGAGUGAUUACGAGGGGUUUGGGGCAGCUGCCAUUCACCAGAAAUGCUUUUAA